AAAGCGAGGCGAGGAAUAUCGAUUACGGUUGGGUUGAAUGUGAAAGAUAGACUGUGUUGGCGGAUGACGGAGAUAUUUAGCUGUGGAGCGCCUCUACAAUAGGCUGCCAGACGUCGCCCGGCCCCUGGAGCUCAUAUAGGGAGCAUUUGGAGCUCUCCGUUUGGUGAGUCGCAGUUUUCACCGUCCGCUAACUAAAGUAACCAAGAUGUCUGAGAACGCUGUCCCUAGCCGGAAGGUUGUCACCGUGGACAACAUGAACCCACAUCUGAAGAAGAUGGAGUACGCAGUGAGGGGGCCAAUCGUGGCCAGGGCAGCCGAGAUAGAGAAUGAAAUUAAGAAGGGUGUGAAGAAGCCAUUUCCGGAUGUAAUCCGCUGUAACAUUGGUGAUGCUCAUGCGAUGGGUCAGGCACCAAUCACAUUUCUAAGACAAGUUGUUGCAUGUGCCACUCUGCCAGCAGUGCUGAUGGAUAGCCCUCGUAUACCACAAGAUGCUAAGGAUAAAGCCAGUAGAGUUCUAGAUGGCUGUGGAGGGAGAAGUCUAGGGGCUUACAGUAACAGCUUGGGUAUUGAAGUGAUUAGGCGUGAUAUUGCCCAGUAUAUUGCUGAGAGGGAUGGCCACCCGUGUGACUACCAGAAUGUAUUCCUGUGUACUGGAGCAAGUGAUGGAAUAAAGUCCAUUCUCAAGUUGAUGAUGACAGGCGAGUCCGGUGACAAGCGGGCCGGCAUUAUGAUCCCAAUCCCACAAUACCCUCUCUAUACAGCUAGCAUCGCAGAAUUCAAUGCGUACGGGAUCAAUUAUUACUUAAAUGAAGAGAACCAGUGGGGAUUGGAUCUACCUGAACUCAGACGAGCUUUGAAUGCAGCCAAAGGUCACUGCCAACCUCGUGCCAUCGUUGUCAUAAACCCUGGCAACCCAACCGGACAAGUACUCACCAGGAAGAAUAUAGAAGAGGUCAUACAGUUUGCUUACGAAGAGGGAUUAUUUAUAAUGGCAGAUGAGGUUUACCAGCACAACAUCUACGCUGAAGGUUCGGCGUUCUACUCAUUCAAGAAGGUCUUGAUGGAGAUGGGACCAAAGUACAAAGACAUGGAACUAGCCUCGUUCAUGACCACUUCUAAAGGAUACAUGGGAGAAUGUGGAGCGCGUGGUGGAUAUUGUGAGGUAGUAAACCUUCACCCAGAUGUCUAUGCUAUGCUGACUAAAUCUCUCAGUGCCAAACUGUGUCCUACCAUUUCUGGACAGACUGCAAUGGACUGUGUCGUCAAUCACCCGAAGCCUGGAGAUGCAUCUUACGAACUCUGGUCAAAGGAAAAAGGAAAUGUGCUUAGUGAUUUGGACACCAAGGCGAAGAUGGUGACGAAGUUAUUCAACUCGAUUGAUGGAGUGACGUGCAGCGAAGUUCAAGGUGCCAUGUACUCAUUUCCCAGGAUACAUCUACCGGAGAAGGCUGUGCAGGAAGCUCAGGCCCGAGGUAUGAAACCAGACGCUUUCUACUGCUUUCAACUUUUAGAAAACACCGGAGUCUGCGUCGUCCCUGGUAGCGGGUUUGGCCAGAAAGAAGGAACGUAUCAUUUAAGAAUGACAAUCUUACCGCCAGUAGAGAAGCUACAGGAGGUUCUACACAGGUUCCAGAAUUUCCAUGAAGGAUUCAUGGCGAAGUACAAGUAAAUGCCACCAGGGGGCCAACAAUGAAGAGUAUAUCAUAGUCAGUUGAUGAAAUAGUGACAGUUUGCAUUUUAUGAUGAAUUGCUGCUUCACAAUUUUAGCUAAGGCUCAAAUCAGCUGUGAUCACAAGUGAAUAUAUUUAGACUUAGGAGUGUUUCCCUUGACCAUGUAUUGAGUGGAUGAGAAAGUUGUAAAAAAUGAUGAAUUUUAUCAAAUACACGUAAUUGCUUAAAUAUCUCUUUACUGAUUAUAGCACUGUGGUCAAGGUUCAAUAAUUUCAGACUGAUUUUAUGUCAGCUACUUAGAAAGGGGUGUUGCUGGGUCAACCUUCAUACUCAGUGACGUUUUUGCUUUGUACUCCGCAAACAUCUUGUUGAUAUUUUUCUUUGAAUAUGACAAGAUGUUUAUCAUUAGAUCUAGACCAAUCCUGAUUAUGCUUAUAAUGAGUAUGGGUAGUACACGUAUUGUGCCAUAGGUCUUUGCUCUUGAAUGAGGCAUCCAUUAGUGAUUGAGAAUGCAGCCUCCUACAGGACCAGCUUCUUUGUGUACAAAUAUUAUGGACAACACACUGCAGAUUGCUUUUGUACAGUAAUUUAUGCUGAAAAGAAGAACUACAGUUGCUUUUCAUUACACCUAAUCCUUUAUUGUGAUAAAAUUUCUUUUCACCAUUCGAUGCAUGUAAUUCAUGUUGUAACAACUACAGCUUAAUACUGAUCAAUCUCAUGUGACGAUUUUUACAUGUUCAUGUAUGACCACCAUUUGGUAACAAUGUAGCAUUUGUUUUGAAAAGAGUUUAAACAUUCUGAAAAUCGAAGCAUAUUUCAGCUGCUUAAACAUGCCGAACUACUUGCUUAUUUGACUGUGAGUUCUACUGAAAUCAAUGUAUGUCUUCGUCUGCUAAAUACACAAGACCAGGCACAAAGAUAAAUAUUCGUUCUGCCAAAUAUGAAUGUAUUUUUUAGCAACUGCCUUGUAUUUGAAAUGAGGCUAGGUUUAUUUUAAAUAAGUAAAGUCACCUGCAUGAAUUUGUACUCCACCAUGUUGAUAUUCUAAAUCUGUUAAAGAAAGGCUUUGUUCAGUUGAGUUAAGUAUUUGUCUAGUAAGGUAUGUUGUUAAAUAGUGAAUGUAGAUUGAAUGUGCGUGCGCUGGUGUAGAACUCAUGAAAGGAAUCCAACUGAAUUUAAACAGCUGAAUUACUGUCAUUAUUGUUGAAUAUGUGCUGCAUAUGGUAUUGACGAAGGACCAUGCAAUGAUCAGCCAAAUAGCUGAAUCAUUUGAGACAGGUAUUUUCUGUAGCUAACUGCCCUCAUAUUUGGGUGUUACCAAGUCCAAGGUCGACAAGGUGGAGUCUAAAAUAGAGUCAAGAUGAGACUGUAUAGGUUAUGGUAAUGGAAACUUCAUGAUGGCACCUUUUAACCAUAUGAUUUAAUUGUGCUGCUUUACCACUGACAGAAGCCUGUAUAUCAAUACUGUGUCGAGGUUAUUAAGCCAGUUGAGGAGCUCCUGUACAAUCCCUAUGUAUUAGAUAGACAUGCAUCUCAACCAGUUUGAUUGCACUGAUACAGUAUCUUACUAGCGUCAUGGGUGUGAUUUGGCAAUGUAAGGUUAUUUCAGUCGAAUAUGCUGAUGAGGUCUGCAUGUCUCGUGAUUGUUAGCCAUGUUUAUGCAGAUACGGUAGGAUAACAUGUGGCCUUUUGUUGAAUAAAUUCAGUUUUAAUGUAA